AUGGAGGAUUAUUCCAGUGCUGAAUUGCAAGCUAAAUGCCUUGACUGUUUUGGAACUUUGCAUCUGGAUGGAAAAGGACUAUCCACGGUACCUGAUGCAGUCACUGAACUGAGUAAAGUGCGGAAACUUGAGCUUAAAGACAAUAAUCUGACUGAGUUGCCAACAAGUAUUAACAAGCUGAACAGGCUUAGCAGGCUGUACUUGGAUGGAAACAAUCUUACUGAAUUACCUGCUGAGAUUGGUGACCUAAAGGAGCUGUGGCAGCUGAGUGUGAGUAACAACCAGUUGGUUGGUUUACCUACCAGUAUUCAAAAGCUGAACAGGCUUAGAGAGCUGCAGUUGAAUGGAAACAAUCUUACUGAAUUACCUGCUGAGAUUGGUGACCUAAAGGAGCUGUGGUGGCUGAGUGUGAGUAACAACCAGUUGGUUGGUUUACCUACCAGUAUUCAAAAGCUGAACAGCCUUCUUGGGCUGCAGUUGAAUGGAAACAAUCUUACUGAAUUACCUGCUGAGAUUGGUGACCUAAAGGAGCUGAUGGGGCUGUUUGUGAGGAACAACCAGUUGGUUGGUUUACCUACCAGUAUUCAAAAGCUGAACAGGCUUAGAGAGCUGCAGUUGAAUGGAAACAAUCUUACUAAAUUACCUGCUGAGAUUGGUGACCUAAAGGAGCUGUGGUGGCUGAGUGUGAGGAACAACCAGUUGGUUGGUUUACCUACCAGUAUUCAAAAGCUGAACGGGCUUAGCAGGCUGUACUUGGAUGGAAACAAUCUUACUGAAUUACCUGCUGAGAUUGGUGACCUAAAGGAGCUGAGUCGGCUGAGUGUGAGGAACAACCAGUUGGUUGGUUUACCUACCAGUAUUCAAAAGCUGAACAGGCUUAGCAGGCUGUACUUGGAUGGAAACAAUCUUACUGAAUUACCUGCUGAGAUUGGUGACCUAAAGGAGCUGAGUCGGCUGAGUGUGAGGAACAACCAGUUGGUUGGUUUACCUACCAGUAUUCAAAAGCUGAACGGGCUUCAAAUGCUGAACGUGGAUGGAAACAAUCUUACUGAAUUACCUGCUGAGAUUGGUGACCUAAAUGAGCUACGGUGGCUUUAUGUGUGUGGUAACCCUUUAACUGUUGAUGCUAUAAAGUUUGCUCUAAAGCUGGAGAAAAGAGCACAGUACACUGAUAUUGCAGGUGAGGACAAAUAAAGGCUAAGUUAAAUUGAACCCUUAUUACAUUAAUAACAAAUGAACUGCUAAAAAUCUUCGUGACAAACAUAAAUCCAGACAAGAGACUAUAAAGUGGACAGAGAGGGCAUCCCCAUAUACACCCUAUUCCAUAGGUAAUUCGUCUCGAGUUAUUUUUAGAAUCGGGAUAAAGUUACCUCGCGCGAGGCGUGGAUGUUUCGUGGAGGUUUCGCAUGACCAAACGCCGUGCAAAACAUGUCGGGCGAGAGGCAAUGAAAGCGUAGAAAGAUUGAGAGCAUUCCUGAAUAUUGAAGCGAAAUGAGUCGGCGCUCACCUGGGAAAAAGAAAUCGCUGGACUCUUUGACAACCCGUGAAAUCAGUUUAACUCGAAGUUGUCGUAACCUCAGUGCUUUAAUAAAAUGAGAAAUUUCGCUGGUCUAUUGAAACCGGUCGUUUGUACAAUUUGGGGACUUAAGAUCCAACGACGCGGACGACAAACGUCAAAAAAACAAUAGGUUUAAUUAGCAAAACAACAACUUCGCACGUGCAACACACUUUUUUGUUCAUUUCUUUCCCAUUUUUGCACGACUACGACGUGAAAAUGCCUAAUUUCGCGUUUUAUAGAGGACGUAAAUAAGCAACGACGAAAUUUUAUUUCUCUUUCUGAGCUUGAAUAUGGUCCCUUGAAAUUCAGCGUUAGGAGGGUUCGCCUACAAUUGACAAAGUAAGUGGGUAGGAAUAAUCGCUAUAAAGACUGAAAAAAAUAAACAUCAAACCAGAAAUUGCUCUCUUCAAACUGUAAAUUAUAAAUGAUCCUGAGAGAAUAUUCAGUGUGUUAAGGAUUUCCCUGCUCUACUGUUAGCUCUAUACAAGAGAGGAAGGGCGAUUCUUUUUUAAUUUCGGUUUCGCUGACACAGCUUUCGCAGAAAUCUCGCUGUAGUCGUUUUCGUCGACAAAAGGAAUAGCAAAAUCGCUCUCCGCGUCUUCUCCCAUUUUGUUCUGCGUCAUUUCGUGAAGGACGCGUGGCUCUCAGCGUGGGUCAUCCACGCGGAACACAUUCGCGCUAUGUGAUUGGCUGUUGUCUAAUCCCCCUUGAGAUCUGUGGUGUUAAAAAUAACACGAGACGAAUUACCUAUGGAAUAGGGUGUAUAUGGGGGAUGCCCUCUCUGUCCCCUUUAUAGUCUCUUGAUCCAGAUUGUAACAUCUAAAUAGCGACAGGACACCCAAGGAACCACAGGAGACCCAAAGAUUAGUGUGCUGCUCGACUGAGGGCUCGCAGCAAUGUUAGCGAUCACAGACAGUACACGCGCCGUCCAAUUUAGUUAGAUGUAAAUUUUAAAAUAAUGUAUGGAGUUUCAACUCAAACAAGUAUUUCCAUAAGGAAAAAGACCAGAGAAUCAUUUUUUUUUAGAAAACUUUACUUUGACCGCAAGAAGUGAUAUUUUAUUUUAUCUAUUUAAUCUUGAAAAAUAUUUGAUUCACGCGGCAUUUUGACUGACUGCUUUGAUCUAAGACCGAAAACAAUGAAUAUCAGUAAGUUUGCACCCUAGUGAAUUAGGCCCAUACAAGUUCGCCCUCUACUUUCUGAGUUCACCACGCAUUGGUAUACUCCAAAUUCGAGUUAAAUCACGCACUUAGACAUUUAUUUAAAUCGUAUCUGUGAAUUGGAUUGGGUUAUUGGAGAAAAUCUCUUUAAUCGAAACUUUACCGUAUGGUAGGUCGGUGGCAAUCGGUUUCUCGAAAUUUAAGACCUAAAAGACCUUGAAAAAACCUGAAUGAAAACAGAAUCUCCUUACAACACUGUUACAAGUUGCUUAAUCAAGGAGUGAAGUAAAACACCGUAAAAUUCCGAAAAUAAGCCCCUCCAAAUGUAAGCCCCCCAAACCGGCAACGCAAAAAACCCUCCGUUAAAUCGCCCCUCCAAAUAUAAGCCCCCGGGGGCUUGUACUUUGAAAAUUGCCCUCAAAUACAAAGUAAAACAUACCCUGCGAGCAGUGGUUUCUCCAGGCCGGACGCUACGCUUCGAUGGGAAAGAAACCACUGCGAGCAACCGUUUGCUUUUCCAUCGAGCAUGCGCGUCCACGUGAUGACUACGAAUAUCCAACGACAAGAAGGCAACGAGAACUUCAACAAAACAAUAGGUUUAAUAAGCAAAACAACAACUUUGCACGUGCAUCACGCUUUUAUUUUUGCAUUUCUUUGCCAUUUUUGUACGACUACGACGUGAAGAUGCCUAAUUUUGCGUUUUAUGGAUAACGUAAACAAGCAACGACGAAAUUUAUUCUUCUUUUCGCUCUUGAACUUGGAUAUGGUCCCUUGGAAUUCAACUCCAUUUGGUUUCGCCUACAUUUGACAAAGUAAGUAGAUAGGAAUAAAUAAUCCAAAGAAAUACUGAAUAUCUACAGCAGGCUCGCGUUAAGGCAACAAUUGUAAGCGUAAGCAUACAGUAUGCGCGAGAGGCUAAACUUGCUUUCAAACAGUAUUUACAUGUUUAAAGUUAAUUUAUUCGUCCAUAGCGCUGGACGGCGGCUCGAUCAAAGAAGCAGACGGAUGUUCGCAGUGGUUUCUCUCCCUUCGUACUGUAGCGUCCGGCCUGGAGAAACCACUGCUUGCGGGGUAAGUAAAACAAAGCAAAAACGGUAAAUUUACUUCCAACUAUAAGGCUAGCCCAAUCGAUUUUGAAACGCAAAUUUCCCUCCGUAGAUAAGCCCCUCCGAAUGUAAGCCCCUCAAAAAGGGCCUUUGAAAAUUAUAAGCCAGGAGGCUGAUUUUCGGAACUUUAUGGUAAAGUCAAACUCACUGGCUUCAAAAAACAAGUUAAGCGGCACGGGACAAAGAACAAUUAUUGAGUCGCUGUCAUGACAUGAAUGAAAAUUCAAUGAAACAUUUACAACAGCAAGUUAGCAAGUUGAGAGUGAUUUGUUAAAAGCUAACGAAUGUAUAGCUUCGCAAAGUCGCUAAAUUUUACAGACGUGAAACACUUUGUCUCACUAACUGUUAGUUUUAUUUCAUUUCCUUCAAUUUUAAAACUUCGAUCUCGAAUAAAGCAGUUUUCCAGGUCUGGUAGUUACUGUAAUUUUCAUGAAAAGGCCCUCUGAGAGAAUUCACCUUUCACCGUAACCAUGAAACAAUCAACUUAAUUCCUGCUGACAAAAAUAAACGUACGCCUGCAAUCAAUUGAAAGCUAGUAACUUUCAUACAUACACUAUUCUAUAAUUUACGUUGGUGCCCUGUGAUGCAGAUUGUCGGACGGUGGGACGGGUAGACGUACGGUCACGUGACUACCAAAAUUUCUCCGUUAUAAUUUUCUGCAUGUAGCAGCUCUCCUAACCCUAAAAGCCAAUUGGUUCGGUACCCUAACUGUGAAAUAAUAGGAAAUAAUGAUAAACAAUGAUGUGUUAUUGUCUUCUGCGACCAAUGAGGAAACACUUCACGAACAACUCCUACGUUUACUGUUUAGUUUUAAUAUUGAAAAUCAGGCAAUUAAGAAGAAAAAAGCAAGCACUAAAAAUCGUGAGACAUUGAAAAAUAAAACAUUCAGACCAAACGAUAACUGGCAGUUUAUAAUAGUUAAGUUGUUUUGAAAACCUCAAAUCAAAAUUAAACUGCACAAAGUUAGCUACUUUAUGUUGCUUAUACUAAAGGCGAUUAAUUACAUAUAAAUAAAACAAGAAAAAGCGAAGCAGCAUUUGUUAAUGCCCAUUCAUAUAAAUCAUAUGUUUAAUGCAAUUGUGAAAUCAUGCAAAUUGAUAAAACAAAACUUAAACUACAUUAAUUUGGGAGAAGGAGAAAUCUAACAUCAGAAAGCCCAGAAAAAAUUCCGAUCUCCAUCUUAGAAUCGAACUCACGACCCUCCAAAGGUAACGAUAACAGUUAAAAAGUAACUUUCAACUCACUUACCUUCUAUGGUAAGAUUUUUUUAAUUAUGUUUUUGAUUGUAAGCAUUAAUCUGAGUAGCAGCUGCUAGUAGUAGGUAAACACUGAAUCAUUUUAGCAACAUUACUGUAGGUAAAAAGACCAUCAAGACUAAAGUAGUACAUUGCAGUGCGGAGAAUCAAACCGAGACACUUGGAAGAAGAUUGUCCAAUCACAACGUUUUCUCAAAAUAAAAGAUUCUCAAGUGUUUUUGCAGACAGACCAAUAAAAUUCAAGUAUCCAACUAUGCAACCGUUGAAAUGUUUACAAAAAAAAAAAAACUUACCUGAUCUCUUAGGAAACAGCCUUCAAAUUGAUGGAUGUUGUUGCACGGCCCACAUGCAAACAAAACUUGAGAAUCUUGUUUUCAGAAAACGUUGUGAUUGUACAAUGUUCUUCCAAGUGUACGGCCAUGUCCCAGUUUGAGUGUCCGCACUGUAAGUUUGAAGCAUGCAGAUUUGCAGUUGUUUUUCCCAUGAAGGAAUUAGUGAGUUGUGAAACUGUGUCUCCAUGAUCUGCAGGUUACCGGUUGGUUCUAAUAAACAAAGACUGACGUGGCAAGUAAAACAACACAUUUACGAGGGUCAUGUCUGACACAUGAUUUUAAUAUUUUGUAUUCUUUGUAGCUCCCAAGGAAAUAGAAGCACGAGGAGAAAGAGCGCAGCUUGUUUAUCAACGUGCUCUUAGAGAUGGAGCUGUUAGUGUUCAGCGUUCUCGGAUAUUGCUUAUUGGCCAGGAUAGGGCAGGAAAAACAAGCUUGAAAAAAUCUCUCAUUGGUCUGCCAUUUAAUCGUAACGAAAAUAGUACUGAAGGAAUUGAAGUGGAUCCGUCAAUCUUUCAAGUGCAUACCGACGAAGUUAAGAACUGGCAACCCAUUGCUAAGAGUGAACGAGGGUUGUUGGGUUGUUCUAAAGAUGUGGCACAGAUGGUGGUGGAAAAGCUUUGUUUUCAGGAGGAGAAAGAAGAUGCAGAAAUACACAACAAAGACCAGCUUAAAAAUGAAAAUUACAGGACUGGGACAAAGGCGGAUGAUGCUGAUGGUGAAAAGAGAGACGAUUCAUUUGUGAACCAGGUUUGUUUCCAGUUAAAUCUUGGCCUUUGUAUUGUACUUUAAUCAAGUAUUGCUUAUAGCAGAAAUUAAGGUGGCCCACCUACCCUCACGAAACUUGGUUUAAAAUAGCACCACUCAAUUACGUUAAGCCGUGGUCGAGCGGGGUUCGAAACUGAAUGGGUAACAUCAUAUUGGCCGAAGUGGGAAGGUGGUAAGUUAAACGCUGAUAAUUGCAAAUAAAACUCCGACGUUUCGGCAAUGCUGCCUUCAUCAGGGAAGGCUGAUUUUCCCUGAUGAAGGCAGCAUUGCCGAAACGUCUAGAGAUCCUUAUCGCUCAAAUCCCAAAAUCGAUGUCAGAAUCCUCGCUCAGAGUUAUUGUGUUAUGCCUUCGUUAGUCUAUCCAUACUUUGAACUUGACAUUGAACAAGAUGAAAUACACAAAGCCUUGUUUAUUAUAAAAGCAAGAAUCUGAAUGGAUAGAAUGAUUUUGAUCCCUUUUUCUUAAUCGUAGUAUUUUGUAGUAAUUCUCGUAGGGGGCAUCUAAAUCAAUUUUAUUAGCGUAGAGGGGAGCAUUUGUUAUAUAAGAGGCGUUUAUUUGGAAGUGGGUAUCUAUGAGGUCCUUUACGGUAGCCAACUUAACAAUUAAGGCCUAGCGCAAACGUCCAAUCUAAGUCGCGUCGAAUAAAUUAAAAAUAAGUUGGACAAAGAGUCGACUUAAUUCCAGCGUGGUAACAAACGUCGAACCUGCGUCGAUCCUAUUUCACAAGUUGCACUUCAUUGAAACAAGGGAAUAAGCACUUUUCCUCGUGCCAUUCGCUCGAUGUGCGGCUAGUUACUGCUAGGACUUGCUGGCGAAAUGCCGAAAUACAGUGCUUAUCGGGUCUUUCUUUCUUUACCGGCUGUCCAUCCCUCAACAGCAUUUAUUGCAAACAGGCAAUUAACAUCUCAAGCAUUUAUAUUCAGUGUUCAUGAAACAGGAAAAAGACAUUUCCAUCACGCUGUGCGAUGUCAGCAAUGACUUUCGAUAGCUCGCCAUUCCCGGUCGCGAAAUUGUCUUUGUAAAGCGCAUGCUCGUCAGGGGGGAAAAUAGCGUUUCGCAGAUGGGGGAGUCAGUAUUUUUGUGACGUUUGCGCAGUCCAUCACACAAGAAUAAAUUAUUUUGUAAUUUGCGUGAUUUAUGAAUUGAGUUCAGCGCGUUUUUAGAACGGCAUUUGCUGAAACUUCGAACCACUGUCGUAUUAUCCGACUUGUUAAGUCGAACUUUAGUUGGAGUCGAAACAACUGAUUUGAGUCGCACCAUUUAUGCGCCUAUUUCAAAAUUAAUAGAUUCGACGAAUUUAGUUCGUCUAAGAUUCGACAUUU